AUUUCGCAAUUUUAUGGCAUUUAGCCAUAUGUUUUGUCCAUAAGCCACGGAGGACGGCCAAGAGGGGCUGGUUACGCUUCUCUGUGACCUCGUUACCGGAGUGUGGAGCUGAGUGCAAGGCUAGGAAAGGAAAGAGGAUCACGGAAAAUCUAUAACAGAACCAAGUCUUUUAUGGAGAAUCCACAUUUCGGUAGCGGCGUGCUUACGGACUGCCGGAAAAUCAGCCAUAGAUUAUAAUUUAACAAAAUCAUUUGUAUAACAUCUCUGUGUAAAACAUGAUGAUAUUGUCUAUGAAGAUUGAGAUAGAUAAAUAGAAAGUUCAGCAAAUUACCGCGCAAUUGGACGCCUGAUCGGAUUUUCGAAAUUUCAUUUGAGAUUUUAAAUAAAGAACUAAGCUACGAUGGCUCCGAAACGCAAACGUAAAGCACAGAAACCAAAUGAGGAACCGAAGGAGAGUGGCGGUACUCCAAAAUCAAAACUUUCCAAGUCUGAAGACACCGCUAUAGACGCCAAUAUUCCAGUUUUAUAUAUCGAACAUUGUCGCUCCUGAAGUGUAUUUCGCCGUCGUGCCCUUCAAGUGCAUGCCGAACUCCUUGAGCAAUUGCGGAGAAUUGAUUCGAAAUUAGAACUUCAACUGCUCAUGAACGAUGAAAGCCCCCCACGGCGUGGUGCUUUUGAAAUAACCAUAGCUGCAAAACCUAAUGAAGGACGACAACAAAUUUGGUCAGGCAUAAAUAGGAAACCGCGAGCACAAAAGUUUCCACCCAUUGAAGAGUUGGCUAAGGCGGCUGGUCUUGUUUUGGGUAUCACAAUGGCUAAGGACAUGACAGGCGAUAAUGAAGAUACUAAAGACAAUGAUGAUGAAAAACCAACUUCAUCUACAAAAAUUGGUAAUAAAAGAAAGCGUUCACAAUUAUAAAUAUCUAAAUUUUUGAAGUCGAAAGGCGUUUGUAGCUUUUAUGACUAGUGCUUGGUAAAAUCCUUAAAAGGGAAGCUAAGCAUUACGAUUGUGUUUUGGCUCGACGCGUAUUGAUGGAUUGGUCUGAAAUAUUUAUAAGAGUGACAAAGAAUUUUCAUUUAAUUUUUUUUUUUUUUUUCAAUUUCAACCUCUUCCUGACUUUCAUAAAGGAAGCAGUUCCGUUGAUAAGAAGGUUUUGUAUUGAUUUUGUAAAAAAAACUCGUGCUAAAAGUAAUAUGACUAAAUAAAUGUAUAUAUUUUUGAUUCCUGGCUACAUGUGCGAUGUAUGCAUAUUUGUAUUUCCAGUAAUAAAAGUAUCAAGAUUGUA